AUGGCGCGAAUAUGCACGCACACGCAGAAGUACCUAUAUACGCGCGCGCGCCUCGCCGCGAGCCAGCUAAUGACCGGCGCGACGCGUAUUCGCGAUCCCCACUCCGCCUCAGUACGCGCUAUCAAACCAGUUUACGUGAAAAAUUUUAAUUCCUCGGGUGACGACCGGUCGCGCUUUCCACGAUCGCGGCCUCCCUCGCGAGGAAAAAGCGCAGCGCCCCUGGGGCGCGCCGGAAGUGCACGACCGGCGCCCGCACGCGAACACACCGGCUUAAUUAAAUGCAGCACGGUGCACACCUACCCUUACGCCGCGGCACGCUCUACCACCCGACCUACUCACUACCACACCAUUACUUAUGUUUAUCGUACUCUAUUAUGUGUCACAGUCCAUGUCAGUUAUGAUCUU